UUUCAGGACGUAAGCAGAGUCCGCCCCAGAAAGUUCACCCGUAGACCGCAGAAUACCCCAACGGCCGCUUCUCGCUGUCGUUAUCGAAGCAACCGCUCUAGUAGCAAAGCAAAUCCCCUGAUUCGCGCCGAUGGCGGCGGCGGCGGCGUCCGCGGCCCUGGGCGAUCUGCUGCUGCUUCAGGGGCAGGCGAAGCGCGAUCCGGAAGGAUACCGCGAGGACAAAGAGUUCGGCGACCUCGUGAUGUUCCUCGCGCAGCUCGCCCCGUUCUACCGCGCUGCCAUGGCGGGGUUCCCAGGCGAGGUGAUGGCGCUGCUGCAGUCCCACGUGGACGUGCUGCACCCAAUGCUGCGCCGCCAGCUGGCGCACGCGCUCAUCCUGCUGCGCAACCGCCAGCUGCUGGGCCCAACCGACCUCAUUCCACACUUCUUCCGCCUGUUCCGCUGCCCCGACAAGGCGCUGCGCAAGCUGGUGUUCUCGCACAUCGUGAAUGAUAUCAGGAGGCUCAACCAGAAGCACCGGAACGAGGGGGUCAACCGACCCAUUCAAAACAUGCUCUUUUCGCUGGUUCAG